UCCUCUCCUGGCCACGGGUGAUGCCGGUUCUGCCAUGGCCACCUGCCCUGAGCCACAGCCUGGGCAAGAGGCCAUGGGGUGUGUGGGGGUCCUGGCUACCCCAGAAGACCCUGAGGAAUGGCAGGGUGCCCAGAGGGAACGUUCCUGUCCCCCCGAAUGCCAGGAGGUGGCUGCUGUCCCUGCACCGCGAGCUAUAAAGCGUUUCCUGAAGGAGGACUCGGAGGAGGCUGAGCUGACCCAGCUCCUGCGGGAUUGCCCACCGGCCGACAGCCCCAGGAAGGUGGAGCCCCUGGAGAGCCGGCGGGAGCCCGGCCACCCCCUCUGUGGUGUGGGCAGGGUCCCCCCCGACGAACCCACUGACGAGAGGGAUGCCAGGAUCUUCUCCCGGUCUCGACCCUCGGAUUUCCAGCAGCACAUCGCCGCCCCACCACCCCCCAGCCCCAACCGCCCGCGGAGCCCCUGGGGGCAGCUGGACCCCUAUGACUCCUCUGAGGAUGACAAGGAGUAUGUGGGCUUCGCCACGCUGCCCAACCAAGUCCAUCGGAAGUCGGUGAAGAAGGGCUUUGACUUCACCCUGAUGGUGGCAGGGGAAUCUGGGCUGGGCAAAUCCACCCUGGUCAACAGCCUCUUCCUGACAGACAUGUACAGAGACCGCAAGCUGCUGAACGCUGAAGAGCGCAUCACGCAGACGGUGGAGAUCACCAAGCACGUGGUGGACAUCGAGGAGAAGGGUGUCAAGCUGCGCCUGACCAUUGUGGACACGCCGGGCUUUGGUGACGCUGUCAACAACACCGAGUGCUGGAAGCCAGUGGCCGACUACAUCGACCAGCAGUUCGAGCAGUAUUUCCGUGACGAAAGUGGCCUCAACCGGAAGAACAUCCAGGACAACCGCGUCCACUGCUGCAUCUACUUCAUCUCGCCCUUCGGCCACGGCCUCCGGCCCCUGGACGUGGAGUUCAUGAGAGCCCUGCACCAGCGGGUGAACAUCGUACCGGUGCUGGCCAAGGCUGACACCCUGACCCCCGCCGAGGUGGAGCGCAUGAAGAACAAGAUCCGGGAAGAGAUUGACCACUACGGCAUCCGCAUCUACCAAUUCCCUGAGUGUGACUCGGAUGAAGAUGAAGAGUUCAAGCUGCAGGACCAGGCGCUGAAGGAGAGCAUCCCCUUUGCCGUCAUCGGCAGCAACACAGUCGUGGAGGCCAAAGGCCGGCGCGUCCGCGGGCGCCUUUACCCCUGGGGCAUUGUGGAAGUGGAGAACCCAUCCCACUGCGACUUCGUGAAGCUGCGGACGAUGCUGGUGAGAACCCACAUGCAGGACCUCAAGGACGUGACGCGGGAAACCCACUAUGAGAACUACCGCACGCAGUGCAUCCAGAGCAUGACCCGCAUGGUGGUGAAGGAGAGGAACCGCAACAAGCUGACACGGGAGAGUGGGACGGAUUUCCCCAUCCCUGUCAUCCCCCCGGUGCCAGACGCGGAAACGGAGAAGCUCAUCCGGGAGAAGGACGAGGAGCUGCGGCGGAUGCAGGAGAUGCUCCAGAAGAUCCAGAAGCAGAUGAAGGACUCACACUAGCCCCCUCCUCCUCCUUCUCCCCCACCAGAUCAGAAAUGUUUACAUCACGCUCCAUCCUGCCCCAGCCCCGCUGCAAGACUCGGUACCAACACCGCACCUGCCACCUUAAGCUGCUGUGGUAUCGCCUUAUCCAACCGGCCAGCGCCCGUCCCAUGGGGACAGCGAGGGGACAGGGGACCCAGCCUGGGGGUCCUUUGUCCUGGUCAGAUUGCUGCCCCGGCCCCUCCCAGGCUGGGGACAGCUUUGUCCCCUGAGCUUUGGCUUUCCCUGUUUUCCCCGCAGCUUGGGGGAGGGCCACGGGCCAGCCUGCUCCCCAUGUCGUGUCCCUUGUCCCCGUGUCACCUCUGGCUGCCUGCUUACAGCCUUUACACUCAGCUUGGCCCUAAUUUAAGGGAAGACGAAAGGGGAGGUCCAAUCCCAGCCCCCAACCCCAAACCCUCAGCUGCUCUGCUGUGUGGGGGACAGGGCUGCUCCCCACUAGCCUUGGCUGGCAGGGGGGGACAGCAGAUCCUGGGGACCACAGGUUGACAAAGGGGAGGGAGGGACAGCUACCAUCCUGGCCAGGGUGGCAGCCGGCACUCAGACCCUACUCCCUCCGUGGUGAGGAGGGACUGAAGCUCAGUGGUUUCCAGCCCUGUGUCCUCAGCAGGGACCCUGUCCCCACCGAGCAUCGCCCCUGGGGAGGGCCAUGGCAGGGGGAGCAUCUGGGAAUCACAGUCCCUGGAGAAAGUCCCUUGAACCCCAAAUCAGAGGCUGGGGCCCCAGCCUGGCCACCACUUGAUGUUUGCCCUCUAAAGCAAUAACAACUCUCCUCUGUCCCCAGUGCUUCCCGACUCCUGGCAACUGCAACAUCCCUCGCUGGCAUUUCAGCCCCUGGUGCCACUUGCUUGUCUAUGGUGUCUCUGUGUGUCCCCAGGAUGUCCCUGUUCCUGCUGCUUCAUGGCAGAGCAUCAGUCUGUGCCCCCCAAGGAUGUCCCCAUCCAUGUUGUUUCCCAGCAAAGCACAGCAGUGUGUCCCCAUCAGUGCUGCUGCCCCCAGAGCACUGCAGCGUGUUCCCCUCAGACUGUCCCCACCCAUGUUGCUUUCCUGCAGACUACUAUGGUAGUGGCCCUGUGUCCCCUCAGGCUGUCCCCAUCCAUGUUACUGCCCUGCAGAGCACUGCAUUGUGUCUCUGUGUCCCCCCAGGGUGUCCCCAUCUGUGUUGCUUCCCAACAAAGUACUGCUGCGUGUUUCUGGGGCGAGCCCUGGCCUACACCUCCUGGCCAGUGGCCACAGGGCGUCCCUGGGGAGAUGGACCCAAAUCCCUCUCCAGCUCCCUGUCCCCAGGGACAGGGAAGGAUGAAAGGGGACAGCAAGGCUGCAGGGUGGAAGGAGAACUGGGAGCAGUGGGAUCACUGGGAGCUUGCUGGCACAGGGGUGCUCCCUGUCCCUGGCAGGACCACCUGAGCUGGGUUCCCCCAGGUGGGUUCACCCACCCCUGGGCGAGGGAUUUGCAUCCAGGUGGCUCAGCUGAUGGGGGCUGCAUCUGGCCGAGGCUCGGGGUGGGUGCUGCAGGGCGCUGGGGCAGUGUCCGGCAUGUGCCACCCGUGUCCCCGUGCCAGCCGGAGGGUCCCUUGGCCCCUGCGGGCAGGGAGCCCACGGGCAGGGCCCUGCAGGGUGUAUUAGCGCUUUCCUUUUUUUAAUCUUGCUAUUUUCUUACAGAAGUACCUACCUUCGCAUGACGGUCAUAGAGGCAUUUAUUAAAGGAUAAGCAGAGUAUAGGUUUAUAAAUUCUUAUAGAGCUAGUGGAAAUAUUUUUAUCCCUCCACAACCGUUCUCAAUAAAUACAGCUGACCCGGCUUGUCUGCAA